AUGGCUACCAAUUCAUCCACCGCGGACGAAUCUCACGAUACCCCACGGUUCAAGAGCCCUCAGCUACCUCAAACCCAGUCAGUAUUUUUCACCAAGUUACUACCAGAACUUCGGGAAUAUGUAUACUCCUUCGUAUUUGGAGAACUUCCAAGAAUCAAACCCGAUGAGACGCCUUUAUAUUGGAUAAGCGGAGCGGGUCCAGGUACACCACCACAAUGUUUUCCAGUAGAUGGGUCGACGAUGCUGCUGCAAACCUGUCAGCAAAUGUAUUUCGAGGCAUUUGCAGUUUUCUACAGGAAUACGGUGUUCAAGGUGUUCACGCCCCCGGAGAAUGUUACAAGGUUCCCACCCGCAGCCCUUGAUAAUAUACGUACCAUCUGGAUUGAUAUACGACUUAAUGCCGAGUAUGGCUGUCUAUGCUGUGAUGAUCACGUUGAGGGUUAUUUCGCUGAAAAGAGCUGGGCCAAAGCUGUCGAGCUCUUCAACGAACAACUCCCGGGUCUUAGGCAUUUGCAUAUAAGCAUUAUGCGGCGUAAGGACAGUAGACCAGGGAAUUAUUUCAGGCCUCUUUUAGAAAGAAAACUCUACCCAGCUUUGAUGGGGAUAAGGAAGUUGUCUUGUUUCCAGGUCAUCGCGAAUUUCAAAAACGAGGAGCCGGAGAACGCACCAUUUGAGAUCGUCCCAUUUGAACAUGGGAUUGAAGAUGAGACUGAGGACGAACAGGAACUAUCAGAGGAUACGGAAGAGACUGAGGGAGCAGACGGAGGUGAGGACGAUGAUGAUGCUGAGUACUCUAGCCCGGGCGAGGACGAGGGUUACGAUGAAGUUUUUGGAUGGAGAGUCGCCUUUCACUGA